UUUUAUCUUUCUCUCAAGCAAAGUCACCGAAAGCGGCUCUCGCUCCCUCCCUCUCUCUCUCUCUCUCUCUCUCUCUCUCUCUUCAAAUAUCAAGCGACACACUGAAGAAGAAGGAAGAAACAGAGGCCACUUCCACACUCACUCAGAGGACAGAGAGUGUGCGUGAGUGAAUAAGCAAGCAACCCAAAAAUAAAAUGACAUCAAGAGACAACCCAACCCCAAACGGAGACCACAGACCCCGCGUCCCACCGCCACGACCGCCGCCGUCGUCUUCCUCCUCCUCAAACCCCCGCAGCAGCAGCAACCACCACCACUACUACCCGACGAGGUCGUCAUACUCCUCCUCCUCCUCCUCCGCUUCCUUCAAGGGCUGCUGCUGCUGCCUUUUCUUACUCUUCUCCUUCCUAGCCCUCCUCGUCCUCGCCGUCGUCCUCGUCAUCGUCCUCGCCAUCAAGCCGAAGAAGCCGCAGUUUGAUCUCCAGCAAGUCGGCGUCCAGUACAUGGGCAUCAACUCACCCAAUCCCACCGCAACCGCCGACCCCAACCAAAACCCUACCUCUGCCUCACUCUCCCUCAACAUUCGCAUGCUCUUCUCCGCUGCUAACCCCAACAAGGUCGGGAUCAAGUACGGCGAGUCCAGGUUCACUGUCAUGUACCGCGGGAUCCCAUUGGGCAAGGCCUCCAUCCCCGGCUUCUACCAGGACGCCCACACUGUCCGCCAAGUCGUCGCCACCAUCGCCGUCGAUCGGGUCAAUUUGCUCCAAGCCGACGCCGCCGAUUUAGUCCGAGACGCUUCCCUCAACGACCGAGUCGAGCUCAGGGUCUUGGGUGACGUUGGCGCCAAGAUCCGCGUCUUGAACUUCGAUUCCCCUGGCGUUCAGGUGUCCGUGGAUUGUGCAAUUGUCAUAAGUCCAAGGAAGCAGUCUCUCACAUACAAGCAGUGUGGAUUUGAUGGAUUGAGUGUGUAAACGCUCCUCCCUCAGCUCACUUAACUUUCUUGUCGGUAACUUUCGAGUCGCUUAUUUUUGUUUCCCUUGUGAUUUUCACUCUUCAAAUUGGGAGAGAAAUGAAAAAAAAGAAGGUAAAAAGUAAAGAGGAGGGGUAAAAACAAAGAAAGCCCCCGCUCCCCCAAGUGAAAGGGGAAGUAGUAGAGAGUUUAAUACCAAAAGAGGAAGGAAAAGGGUUCUCUAUCUAAGAUUUUGCCCAAUUUUUAGGCGUUGGUUUUUCAUGACUUGGAGUUUUUGGAGGGUAAUUAAAUUAAAGCUGCUAACAACGACUGCGCGUAAAGUGUAAAAACUAGCGCAUUUGUAAUGCAAUUUCUGUCUGGUAGUGCUAUUCACACCUUUUUUACGUCA